UCGAGGUUCCAACUAAAAUGGCGGCACUGGUGUAAAGCUUUCAAACGACAUGUUAAAUUUUGAUAGGUUUUGUGUUUUGUAGGCUGCAUUCAUAAAUAAAAUGGCAGAAGAGACAGUAUCCUUAAAUGGAGAAGAAGAUGAGCUAAGCCAAUUAAAGAUAUGCGUGUUAUGUGCAACAGAUCUGAAGGACAAGUCUCCCAAACUCCUGCCGUGUUUACAUUCUUUGUGCGAAAACUGUCUAAAUAGUUUAUUCCAGUUACAAGUGCAGCAACAAACUGAAGGUUCUAGCACAACAAAUAACAAUGAAAAAAGUGAACCAAAGCCAAGCACAAUAUUGUGUCCAGCUUGUAACUGUACUGUAGAAAAGUCAGCUGUCGUGGAUAACAGAUUUCUGUCUAUUGAAGCACCUGCUGUAAUUGAAGAAGAAGAUGAAGAAGAAAAGGAUGACGAAGGACCUAUUUGUACAGGAUGUGAAGAAAGUCAGAAUGUAAAAGCUACAUCGUUUUGUAAUGAAUGUCAAGAAUAUUUGUGUAAUGAGUGUGUUUUUGCUCAUAAACGAGUCAGAAUAACUAAAGACCACACCAUAGUUCCGAAAGAUGAAGGUAAAAAGGAUGAUGAUUCACCCGAUAAUUCCACACAAAAAAUGAUCAAUUGUCAAACACAUAAACAUGAACAACUCAAACUAUUUUGUGAAACAUGUGAAAAACUGACCUGUCGAGAUUGUCAGUUACUUGAACAUAAAGACCAUAAAUAUCAAUUUUUACAAGAAGCCAUUACGCAUCAACGUGAGAACUUACAAAACGCUGUUGUCAACUUAAAGACUAAGUUAGGAAAUUAUAAACAAGCUAAUGAAAUUUUGAAAGGUAAGCAUCACGAGUUAAGAAAAAGAAUGACAGAAGAAUCAGAAAAAAUAGUUAAAGCUCGUGAUACUGUCAUAGAAAAGUUUAAGAAAUAUUCUGAAAGUUUAAUUAACCAUUUAGAACAAUAUGUUAGUAACAAGACUACUAUAAUUGCUGAGAAGCAACGGCUUGUUGCUGAAGCACUUUUAAAAAUGCAGCAUUCUGUAGACUUUGUUGAAAAUGCUUUAACAAUUGGGGAUGAUGUGUCAAUUUUGUAUACAAAAGGAUUAAUGGUUAAAAACUUGAAGCAACUUUCAGAAAGUGGCAUUCCUUUUCAGCCUAGCUUUCUUAAUUAUAGCAUUGUUUAUGAAAAUGAAAUAGACAUUUUAAUAAAGAACCAACAGAAAUUAGGUUUUCUACAAAUUGAUGGUGGCUGGUUCCCCCAGAAAACAGUUACUGUUGCUGCUCCUCAAUCUCAGGGAAAUCAUCCAGUUAUUCCACAGCAACAACAAAACCGACCACAGCGAUUUCCCUCAACACAUAUAUCGCAAGCUGCAUUUAAUGCACAGAUAAGAGAAAAAAUUCGUCAUUUACCGCCUGAACAGCAGUCAAUUUAUGAGGCAAAAUUGCGUGAAAAGUUUCGCAUGCAACAACAGCAAGCUCAGAUAAAAGCACAACAGCAAGCUCAGCAAGCACAGAUGAACAGAAAUCAGAAUACUUCUAUCAUCCAAAACCAGUUAAAUAACCAUGUUAUGAACCGUCCAAAUCAGCAUGUGGUUCCAAACAGAUCACUACCUCAACAGAAUAGUCAGCUUGCUAUGACUGCUGCUGGACAUUUAGCUGCCCUUUCACAUCAGAGGCAUUCUCCACAGCCACCUCAUUAUCGCAACAUUGCUCCAGCUGUACCAGGUAUGAGACCUAAUCCACAGAAUACAUUCCAACAUUAUAAUAACAUUACAUUGGUGGGAGGGGCUCAGAAUGGGAAUUCUAAUAUGCCCAAUCCAGUUGUAAACAGAGAAAAAUCAUGGAGUAAUUGUCGCAUGGCCUCAGCUGAAACCUCGCCAGGUGCCCAGGCUGCAGCCUAUGCCAACAAGACGCCAAGUCCAGCAGGAGCAGGAUUUGACCAUCAGUCUGGUGCAGCAGCAAGCCAGCCAGCACCAAUAGACCAGCUACAGGCCUGGGCCUCUCAAACAGUCCAAAGUGAUCAUCAGAAAUUUAAAAGGGAAGAAAGAUCAUCUUGUGCCUUCAGUUCAUCAGCACAGGAGAAAAGAUUACCUACUCCCCCUUCGUUAAAACCAACUUCAACACCAGUUUCUGCAGGAACCACUCAAACAAGUAACCCACCGACACCUAUUUACCCUCCCUCUACGGGAAAAUCUAUGCCACAAACCAAAGAAGAGGAUCCAAAUGAAGAUUGGUGUGCUGUUUGUCAGAAUGGGGGAGACUUACUGUGUUGUGACAAAUGUCCAAAAGUGUACCAUUUGAAAUGUCAUGUUCCUGAACUAAGUCAAUUCCCAUGUGGAGAAUGGCAGUGUACUCUGUGUAAGACGGACGAGCAGGUUGUACUGAAAGAGAAAGAAAAUAAAGAAUUCUCAUAUAUUCCUGGGACAAAAAGAAAAGCUCCAACUGGAUUGUCGGAACAUGAGAGGAAGACAUGCGAGAGAAUUCUGCUAGAGUUAUUUAUCCAUGAGAAGAGUACAGUAUUCCAUGAACCUGUUAGUAAAGCUGUUCCUAAUUAUUACAAGAUUAUCACCAAUCCUAUAGAUUUUUCAAAGAUCAAAGUCAAGAUCCAAAGACAGAAUUUUAAUCAUUAUGAUAGUGUAGAAGAAUUCAUAGCAGAUGUUAAACUUGUGUUCCAGAAUUGUGCUACAUACAAUGCUGCCACGUCAGAGAUAGGUACAGCUGGUAAGAUAGUAGAAGAAGAAUUUGAAAGACUGGUUCAGAAAUAUCUACCAUGCUACAUGGAUUCUUAUGAUGAAAUCCUUCAUCGUCAAACCAGUCCAAAUCCUGAAUCUGAAGCUUCCAAAGCUAAAAAAUCAAAAGGAUAUGAACACGAUCCUUCUCUUUCUAUGAAUGUUCACUGAUUUGUUGUAUGUAAUUUUAGUUCUGAUCUGUAACUUGUGUAAGAGUGAUUCUUGGUAUUGCUGUCUUGUUACACAUAGUCAUAGAUUGUUUUCUUUGUUCACUUCUAUUUAUGUAUUUAUUUAUCUUCUGUAAUUUGUUUUAGAAUACAGGAAUUUUAUGUUAUUCCCCAUUCAGUCCUACAUUUAAAAAAUGUGUGCUUGGUCAGACUGAUUGAAUUCUGAUCAAAUGAGUAGAAUGGCUAGGACUUAAUUGGAAAGAAAUCAAAACUUUGUUUCUGUUUUAUUGCUCUAUAUCUUGUAAAAAAAAUUGAUGUAGGUUUACUUGAAAUAUAGACAUUCAUCUGUUUAUAGGUCAUGUACAUGUUUAGUGAGCAAUAACAGAGUUCUCGAAAUCUUUUUUUCCCUAUUGUUCCUUGAAGAAAAUUUGCUGGUCCACACUAUUAUUUCUAUUGUAAAAUACCCAAAUUUUGUUGCUCCUUUGCAAAAUUUUGGUGGUCAGGACCUUUGGACCACCACUUUUGGAGAAAUCUGCAAUAGGUUUAAAAAAUAAUGGAAAAUAAUAAUGAAACAUGAAAUAACAAGUUCAAUAUUCAAUGAUAACAUAAACAGAAUUUGUAUAUUUACUUAAAUAUUGUAAAUUAAUAAUUGCAGUGGAUGUAUAAAUUUAAAAUUUCUAUUUUUUUUUUCUGUGCUGGAGUCGCAAAACUUUUUGUCUUCCAUCUUCCUUACAAAUGUAGGAUUUCAAUGUGUAUAAAAUGUGGCUUCUAUCACUGUACCAAAAGUUCACAACGGUUAUAUGAAUAAAUUGUACACAGGUCAUUUCAAUGUUUAAAAUUUCAAACGAUGUGUGAAUGUAUUUAGAGAGCCCCGGUACAAAGGCAUGUCAUAGAUUUUAUGAUUUAUCAAAGUUGGUUGAUACUUAAAUUUGUUGAGAAUGAACUUGUGAAUUUUCUCAGGUUAUUCAUUUAUAAGCUGACUUUUUUCCCCCCAAGAAAGGUAUGUGUAGUCAGUGGUGAUAACUAUGAAAUAGUAAUUGAGUUUCUUUUAUUCAUUGGGUAUUAUUUUAUCCAAUAUAAAGUUUGCUUGAUUUCUGUCAAAUUUAAGGAAUGCAGGAAAAUUUGAAAGGUUGUAAAGAAGACAAUUCUGAUCAAACUCUCAAAAUAAGAAAUGUUUGUUAUUCAAGGCAAUGCAUACUUAAUUGGGUGAUAUUUUGGAUUUCAUUGAUAUUUUGUAAGCAUUUUGAAAUCUUUGAUCUGCAUCUGAAUAUUGGAAAAAAAAAUAUAUGUGGCAUUUAUACUUCCAGAGAUACAGUCAAUUUAAAAUUUGGGAAAUAGGUCUUAAAUUAAAUGUACAUAAUUAUUGUAAAAAAUGGUGAAAAAUAACAUCAUUUCAUUUUAAAUUGUCUUUUCUUGAAAUUUUGUCCACAGAAUUUUGAUAAGAUGAUAUGUUUUUGCUGUAAACAUUUCUGUUUUGAUGAUAUGAAAAUUUUAAGGGGUCACUGGGUUUGUUUUUUCAGUAGAAAUAAACUAGUCUCAAUAUGUAUAGUGUGAAAACUGGAUGAAACAAAAAUAUAAUUGUAAGGUCAUGACCGAGUCAAACUGCAAAAUCUUAUUUUUUCAUGUUUUUUCUUACUUAAUUCAAACUUAAAUGAUUAAACAGCAAGAAAGAAUAAAGUGACACCCCACCGAUAUUUUCAUAUCAUUAAAACAGAAAAUUUUACCAUAAUGACAUACCAAAUUUAAUCGAAAUUUUGUCUUUGGCAUUUUACCAAAAUUACAUUGGCAUUUAUGCUACACUAUUAAUAUGAUUUUUAGUUAUGACAUUUUUUAUAUGCUUUUAAGGGAUUGAACGAUUAUUCCUGGAACUUGUAUUAAAGGGAGAAUUUUACUAGAUGCUCAGAACAGCGAUGAAGAAAGGCAUUGAUUACAAUGUCAUACUUACAUUAAGCUUUAAAAUUACAUACCAUAGACUUUGUCAUACAUUUAUUUAAUAAUAUAGUACAUAAAACCAAUUAAAUAUGUUUUUAAUAUGAAAUGUUUUUAAAUGCACAAGAUGGUAAACAAUAAGUUAUGAAUGUAUGUCAAAAUGUUUGUGCUUUUUAGAGACUAUACUGAAAACAACACUUCUUAAUAAUUCCAUGUCAAUAGUAAUAGAAUUCUAUAAUUGUUACAUUUCCAUGACAUUAUUUUUAUAAUUUAUUUGCCAUCAGUAAAUUCCUAAAUUAUUGCAUGUAGUUAUUAUUGCCAUUAUUGAAGAAUAGACAAAAAUUCGAGAUUAAUUAUUGAGAAUUCAGGAAAAUAUGCAUACAGAUAUAGGUAACAGAUAUCAGGAUGCGAGUUCUUAUUUGAAAUAAUCUCCAAGACACAUUAUUCACAAUAAUAAAAACCUUGCAAUAUUUUCAGAAUUUACAGUAUAUAAUUCGCAUGAAAAUCGCCAUUUAUGUAUAUGAGUACAUUCAUCCAUUCUAAAAGUUUUUGUAUGCCUCAUCUAUGAUAGUAGGGGGGCAUUAUGUUUUCUGAUCUGUGCGUUCGUCCUUCUGUUCUGUUUCAGGUUAAAUUUAUUUAUGGUAGGUAAAAGUUUUGGUUAAAGAUCAUUUAACAUGAAGUUGUGGUCACAUCAACUCAAACUUGGUGCACAUGUUCAUUCUGAUAUGAACUUUUAAAUAUAUAUGCCAAAAUAGGGUUAUAACCCAGAUUUCAUGGUUCACUGAACAUGGAAAUGUGAUAGUGCGAGCGGGGCAUGGUGUCCUAUGGACACACAUUGUAGUUUCAAAACCAGAAUCAGUGCUACAGGUUGAUCACUGAAUAGACUCCACUUUCUUUUUUGUGUGCAUGGAAACCAUGAAUUUGUACAUACAUAAUGACAACCAAUAAAAUUAUUUUUACAACUGU